CAAUCUUUCCUCUUGCCUUUUUCAUUGGGAACUUGAAGUGUCAAUCAUUCACGGUGGCGAGGGGCCGGGUGGGCUGAGCGCGCGGCGGGUUGACGGUUGGCGCCCGCCCCCAGCCGUUAUGUCGCGAGCCCGUCGGUUGGUGGUCGGGCGCGGCGGCCGCCCGCUCCGGGCCGCCCUGUGAGCGGCGGAGCCGUCACAUGGGCGGGGGUUUGGCCGAUGCUGCCUGACCUGCUGAGUUCCUCCAGCAUCUUGCGUGUGUUGCUCCAGAUUCCAGCAUCUGCAGAAUCUCUUGUGCCACCUAUCAAGUUGACAGUCUUGAAGCAAUUUUGGACAGUUUCAGCCUUUGCUUUAACAUCUGGUUAAUAGGGCCUGUAUUGGAACGAAAGCUUGUUUGCUUUUUAGACUGAUAUUUGACAAUCUCAGUCUAGAUUCUGUACAUGUUAAGACAUGGCGUAUUGUAACUAUUCCUUACUCGCCUCUAUUGCCAGAUCAAGAGGAGUAAACUGUUUCAUGCACAGUAUUUGGUGCACGCCAGUGGUGGUUCUGCAUGUCCGUGGUUUUCAUUCAAACAGAUUAUAUCCCAGAGCUAAAAGACUUGGGAGGACUCAUCUUCUUUUCUGCAAUCUACCUCAUAAAUGUACCCCUGUAGUACCUGUGUGCAACUUCCACCUGUCAGGUCAGUGGCUUGAAGAAUGCAAACAAUCCUCCAAUAAACACACUAACAAACCAAGUUUUGAAAGAAGGGGUUCACUUUCGCAAACAACUGAAAAGGCUGUUGUGAAAAAAUCCUGGAAACAAAAAAUUAUAAAUGAACUGAAACAUUACUACAAUGGAUUUCGAUUACUUUGGACUGACAUAAAGGUAGCAACAAGGAUACUGUCAAGAUUACUGUAUGGAUUCCAGCUCAGCCGUAGAGAGAGACGGAGGCUUCUGCGGACCUGUGUUGAUCUCUUCCGUCUAGUUCCUUUCGUGAUCUUCCUGGUUGUGCCAUUUAUGGAGUUUUUGCUGCCUGUCGUUUUAAAGCUGUUUCCUGGGAUGUUGCCAUCUACAUUUGAGACAAAAUUGACACGGGAAGAAAAGCAGAAGCAGACCAUGGCAGCAAAACUUGAAAUGGCGAAAUUUCUCCAGGAAACCAUUGUAGAAAUGGCCAAAAGGAAUAAAACAAAAAGCGGAGCAGCUACCCAACAAUUUUCUUCCUACGUGCAGAAGGUGCGUCACUCAGGAGAACAUCCAAGUACAAAGGACAUAGUGCGCUUCUCCAAACUCUUUGAAGAUGAGUUGACACUGGAGCAUCUCAGCCGUCCUCAACUGGUGGCACUGUGCAGGCUUUUGGAACUGCAGCCCAUCGGUACAAACAACUUGCUUCGCUUCCAACUCCAGAUGGAAUUAAGAUCCAUAAAAGCAGAUGAUGAAAUGAUUGCCAAAGAAGGUUGUGAGACUUUGACUGUGUCAGAGCUGCAGACAGCAUGUAGAGCAAGGGGUAUGAGAUCAUUGGGAUUGACAGAAAAGCAACUGCGGGAACAGCUCACUCAGUGGCUUGAGUUGCAUCUGAAGGAGAACGUGCCUCCAUCGCUGCUGCUGUUGUCUCGUGCUAUGUAUCUGACUGACGCCAAGCCAAAGUCAAAUAUACAUAAUGUGCCAAUAAUCCAGCUGGGAAUUACUGGUUCCCUGGAAAAAGAGCCACCAGACAAAAAGAUCACUGAAGAACCAACCCUACCAAGCUCUGACAGAUCUGACCUGGCCACAACAUUGAAAAAUGUCAAGGAUGAAGUGAUAAAAGAAUCCCAGAAAACCAAGGCCACUGCAAAUGGAUUGUGAUGAAUGUACUUGACGAUGCAAGGAACUCAUCACCAUGGAGAAACUCUUAAGGGUGGCUUUUUUCUUUCAGUUGGGCAAUACAAGACAACUACACCAAUGGACAUUAAGGAGGGAUGGAUAUAUCCCCACGACAGGCUGAUGCUUCGUUUAAAAUGGGAUAUCACUCAUAAAGCCAUCUGUGUAUGAAAGCUGCAGCUGAACAGAAUCAUCAAGUCCCGUUCAAUAUGAGAAAAGGCAAAAUAAUCAUGAAUAAUACUAUGUAUGUCAGCUGUUGAUUUGUCUCACUUGACAUAGGGCAAUGAUACUGGAACUGGGAUCAGGUAAAGUAAUCCCAGUCUGCAUAACUACACAAUGCACAGAAGGUUCACACUACAAUGUAAAAACAGUACCUUCUAGAACAUUUCAUGAAUUCACAAACUGUAUGGCAUUAGUGGGGGGAUACAUCCCAAGCCAGACUUUAGUGCAAUUUUUUAAAAAUUGGCCAUUUUAAAAAUUGAUCACUUUUAUGACAUAUCAACUGGCAUAUUUAUAUUUUCUUGUUGCUGCUGCCACUGGGAACAGGGCAAAUAGAAAGCACAUAAAUUUCAUGCUAAUUGUAGCUGUUGGGUUUGCAGAUAAAGUGUGGUUCUUACUGUGUCCUUUUAACAGGGAUUGAUAUUGUGCUGGUAGAGUGCAACAGCACCUAAGCAGGUCACUCUUGACAAAAUUGUUCCUUUUGCCAAGAUAGCCAAAUCCCCAGGUAUUAUCUAUACCCAGGGAAGACUAUUUACUGCAGAAUGCAUCACUUUAAAUUAUUUUGUCUGGUGCUAAACAUGAAUUUUGCUUAUGUGGUAUUGUUUGGUUUGUAGAAAUGUUGAAAAAAAAAUUAGCUCAUCCUUUCCAAUUGGAGAUGUACUGUUUUAUUAAUGCAUAACUGAAUACGUACCUUACUUUGUAAACCUGUCUAUCAUCUUUGUCAUUAGUUGUUCAAAGAGAUGAUGGAGCCAACACACUGAUGUUAUGGGAUAAAAUAAGCAAUUUUGUGGAAAUGGAAACGCAUGUUUUCAUUUGCUGUUAACAAAACAUAUUGACUCAACUCUGGACAACCAUUACAUGAGUGUAAUUGAUUUGUGGAGCCACGCCUAAUCAACUAUAACAUUCUGGUUCCUUGAACAAGACCUACCGACUGUCAGUUCACAUGCACAAGAUGAGCAUGCUUGUACCAAUGAGUAAAUAUUGGAACAUCUGCCACUUGGUUUUGGAAGGUAUGAGCAAGAACUCUAAUCCAGUCCUGCUGUUUUCCUAAAUGGCAAUGAUGAUCUGCAAUUACAAAUGCAAACAAAUAUAGAUUGAAAAUAAUUUUCCAUCAGUAUUUACUUGUUAAUUGAAUUCUGGCUGCUGCUUCUGAUUGUAGGUACCUUUUACUUAACCCAUGUUGCAUUUGGUACCAGCUUUACAUUCCAAGCCACAUUGUGCAACAGUGCCAGAUUUCACUAGAUGACAUGAAUGAUGGUAAACUUACUCUGCCUUAACAAUAUUCCACUUCACUGCUGUUGAAAUCAGAUGAAAGAAAUGUCAAUAUUUCACUGAUGAUUCUUAAAACUCAAUUUUUUAAAUUAAUUAUCAUAGAACAUCAUGGUCAGUGACAUUAUACCAUUGAUUUUUGAAUUCUAAAUUGGAAAUGGUCCCUGCUACAACUUGUUAAAUGUUGACUGGGUGUUGAGAAGCACUGGAUGUUGGGAUUGCACUGCCCUGC